AUGUUAGAAGAGCGUUGUACUGGACCACUCGUUCAGGGCUUGCACCCAGCUACAGGACCCGCAGAGCGCACUUUUCGGGUGGUGAUGUGUGGUGAAGCCGCCGUUGGUAAAAGUAGCUUGGUAAUGAGACUUGUUAGCGGUAAACAUUGUGCCAAUCUACCCAGUACUCUUGGCGUGGACUUCCAUGUAAAAACUGUGAACGUCGAUGGUAGAAACGUGGCACUUCAGCUGUGGGACACAGCGGGACAAGAAAGAUUCCGAUCGUUGUGCAAGUCAUAUUUCCGACGUGCUGACGGCGCCAUAUUGGUUUAUGACGUCUCUUCUGAACAUUCUUUCUUAAAAAUUCGAGAUUGGGUCGACACCAUCAAGGUUUCCAAGUGCUCUCCUGCUUCCACCUUUUUUUUUGUCCAGGAUUCUUCCGGAAAGGAAAUGAUGGCUGUGGAGGACGUGGACGUGCGAGCUGCUGGAGUGAUCCUGUCGCCAAGAACCAAACCAGCUACCGGAUGUUUCAGCAAAUGCAAAGGAUAA